AUGGUGCAAAUGCGAGUGACGGCAGGCCGCAUCGCCUUCCUCUGCCUCUAUUUAACAUGGGCUCAUUGUGUUCUGGUCGCCCCCAAGAUUAUCCAGCAAAAUCUGCAGAAGCCCUUGCAGAUCCUCGAUCAGUCUGACGCCGAUACACGCAAAGGAAACGAUCCAAUCUCUCCCAAUUUAAUCGAUCUUCUGACGCAAUCACCGGAUCAUACCAUCCUUGUGCGUCUGCUUCAGAGGACACGUCUGAUUCCGACUCUCAACAGGUUGCAGGAGCUUGAUGAUGGCUCUGGCCUCACAAUUUUGGCUCCAACCAACGAUGCGUUCCUCGGAAAGAGAAACGAACAAAUAGCACAACGUGAUUCCGUCCUCGGAGCAGCCUCCGCCUCACCAACUUUCUGGCAGUAUCUGAUUGACGAACCAGCAUCCAACUCAUCUCUACUAUCCAGCGCCUCUUCACAGUGCAUCUGGCAUCAAGGCACAUGCUUAGCAGCUGGAAAUGUCAAUGCUGUCGCACGUCAGCAUCUCCUAUAUCAUAUCCUCAACUACACCCUCCCAUUCACACUGAGUGCCGACACCGGCUCUCACUUGCCCUCCAAGCCUCUUCCAGAGCCUGGAAAGCCACAGAUGCUCACCACCUUGCACUUUCCAUCCCGUCGCUUGCUCGCCGAGCCUACUCAUCCGGGCCGAGUUCCCAUCCCCGACGAGGAGGAUCAUGGAGGUUUGCUCGGCCACCACGGCCAACGCAUGCGUGUUGCUCUAGUCGACGACAAAGACAAGGCCGACAUUUUCUUGCACGCUCGCUUCGCGAAAUCCAAAGGUAAAGCUCUCUUCUUUGGAGCUGAUGAAAAGGGUCGUGGCGGCGCUAAGUCGCUGGGCGAAGACUGGCGGUCCAAAAACGGCGUUCUUCACUACAUCGACUCGGUCAUAAACUUGCCCCCGUCGCUUGAGCAAGUCGUCCUCACUCAUCCUCGCCUGGACACCCUUAGACGACUGGUCAGCAACGACACUUUGAAAAGUCUCUCAACUGUGCCUCAUCUCACCCUCUUCUUGCCCGCCUCGGAAGCUUUCGACAAUCUCAGCGUGCUGGAGUCAACUUAUUUGUUCGGCAAUUAUCAGCAGGCUGCGCUGGACCGACUCAAACUCCUCGGCUGGCACAUGUCCGGAAGCGGUCUCGGUGAUCGCUCUCCUGUAUACUCGGCAUCCAUCCGCGCUGCUGGACGUGCAACCCUUCCCACCGCUCUUGGCGGCUCUGUCUCCGUCGAGGCCGACGGUGAAGAUGGAGCCAUCAGAGUCAUGGAAGACGCACGCGUCUUGCAGGAGGACAUUCUCGUGGAGUCCGGAGUCAUUCACCUGAUUGACAAUCUCAUUUUGCCGUUUGGCGAUCUCGACAUGAGCAUUGAGGCCACCCUCAGGGUGCUCAACGCUUCACGCUUCGUUGAUCUCAUCUACGAUGCCAAUCUGCAGCGCUACAUAAACAAACCGGCUCACUUGCAGAGGCGAGAUCAAGAUACCUUUACUUUCCUCGCCCCUCGCGACGACGUCAUCGACAUGUGGUAUCCAGGUUAUGCCCUCCCGCAACCAACAGCCCGGUCAGAGGGUCGCCUUUCCCGCGAGUAUCGCAAGGGCCCCGCUCUCGAGGAGAUCGUUCGCUACCACAUUCUACCUGGUCAGAUCAGACCAGGCAACUUGACAAGUGGAAUGUUGCUCAACACCGAGCUUGCUGACUGGAAGCUGCGACAAGGUAGGCAGAAGAUGCCUGUUACUGUUGACGACUCAGCUGCUUCCGACAGGAAGGGCAACGGCGAUGUCGCUUUUGGCGAUGCAAAUGUUCUCAGAGCACCUGUAGACGUCAAAAAUGCUGCCAUGAUCUACAUUGUGUCACAACUGCUCCAACCACCAUCAGAUCCAGUGCAGACAGCCGUAUCUUACCUGUCCCUUUCCACCUUUGUGGCCACCGUCUUCAGCGCGGAGCUCAAGAAGGCAGUCGAGCGCGCACCCGGCGUCAGCUACCUCGUACCCACCAACGAUGCCUUCACCGGUCUAGGUCUUGCAAUGAAUUACGUGUUGCUGCCCGAAUCUCAGCAUCUCUUGCAAGCACUCAUUGAAUACCAUGCCAUCGACAAGAUCGCUUAUAAAUCAGAUUUCACCGAGCAAGAAACGGUAUAUCCCACCCUCUUGCCCAAACUUGGCGCAAAUUUAUCCAUCAGAAAGCAGAAGAAUGGUUCGAUCCUUGUUCGCAAAGCAGGCGAACCGAAUGGCACCUGUUCCCUUAUCGUCAAAGGGGAUAUCCUUACCAACACGGGUGUCAUUCACGAAGUCGAUCGUGUCCAUAUCCCCUUCGACCUGACCAUCCGCGAUCUCCUCAAAGGCGCAAAAGCUGAUACCAUGGAAGACCUUAUGGUUCAGGCAGGUUACGAAUACAUUCUCAACAGCACGAUUCCUCAGAAUCAAACCAUAGAGUCGAGUCUCGGCUUCAUGGUGUUGGUCCCUACUGAUAGCGCUUUUACAAAGGUGAAUCUUUCCGCAAUCCUCGGAAACCGCGACCUUCUCGUGAGACUUGUGCAGCAGCAUCUCGUUCCGCUCACCACCGAUAAGGCCAUAGAUACAUUGCUCCCUGAUGGUCGUGGAGAUGAUAUCGACAUGCAGGACGAGAGCUCUUUCGCCACCUUGCUUGAUCGAUCCCAGGGAGGGUCAAGCUCUUAUGGUCAGAUCAGCUUUCGAAAAAUCUCAUCUGCCAGCACCAACCGAUAUCGACACAGCUCAGGUAGAAGUCUUGGCCCACAUGAUCCGGAAAGCGACGGACUCGGCUGGCUUGUGGGUAUCAAAAACACACGAGGCUCAUCAGCGAGUCGCCACUCUGCCACCGUGCUCGCAUUUGGCCGUGAAGCCCGAGCUGUUGAAGGUGACGUCCAUCUCGAGCGUGCACCUGUCGGCGGCAUCUUCCAGAUCGACACCGUUCUCUCGCCAUACGAACCCAGCUGGUUCUACAGAUGGGGAUGGAUUGCAUUGGCAUGCGCCUUCUUUGCCACAAUUGUGGCAGCAGCCGUCUUCUUUGCUGUGAGAUGGUGGAGAGGCGGCAAUCGCAUCAAGUUGACUGAGGCACUUGAGGGGGAAGAGGAAUGA